UGGUGACCAGUCGGCGAGGCUCUUGCUACGGAGUGUCUGACCCCGCCUACGGUCGGAAACGCAGGGAGGACCUUGCUGUGCCUUGGAAGGAGUGACCGGUCAGGCGGUGUUUUAAACGGCUCAGGCUGGGGAAACCGUGUCUGAGCUGUCUCAGGUCGAAAGGGUUCUCCCUUUCUCCCUUGCGGGCCGAGCUCUAGAGCCGUCAGCCCAGAGCUGAUUUAUCCAGAGCCCAGCAUGGGUUUCCUGACUGCCGUGACUCAAGGCCUGGUGCGGGGAGCUGACAGGAUGAGCAAGUGGACAAGCAAGCGGGGACCACGCACCUUCACUAAGAGUCGGGGUGCCAAGAAAACAGGCAUCUAUACUUCUGAUAGGAAGUUUGUGCAAAUAAAAGAAAUGGUUCCAGAAUUUGUCGUCCCGGACUUGACGGGCUUCAAGCUCAAGCCCUACGUUAAUUACCGAGCUCCUGCAGGCAUAGACACACCUCUGACCGCCAAAGCGCUCUUCCAGGAAACAGUUGCACCCGCUAUCGAAAAAGACUUUAAAGAAGGGACAUUUGAUGCUAACAACCUGGAGAAAUACGGCUUCGAGCCCACACAGGAAGGCAAGCUGUUCCAAUUAUAUCCUAAGAAUUUCCCACGCUAGAAGACCAUGAGAGAGGCCAAAAGUUUGUCUACAAAGUGGAGACAGUACUGACCAAGCCUUGGAUUCUUAUUGUCUCAAAGAGUAGGGGCAGCUUCCUAGCGCACUUCUAUUAAAUGCCUUUAGUGUCUCGUACAGUAUGUGUUUUGAAUCAAGUCAUUGAAGUGUGCUGCAGGGCAGACUCCAUGCAGUAGCUAUAGAGUUCAUAACAAAUCCCAACCAAGUCAAGUCUGGGGGCACACUUCUCUGGCUCCAAGGUGAGGGUAGUUCCUGUUGGGUGAAAGUAGCCAUCCCCAAGGAGAGCCCUAAGAUGGAAGUCACAAGAGCAGUUAGUGUCACCUGCUUUCAUGACCAGUCUAGUCUACCUGAUUCAUCAUAGCCCCUGAGACAUUAUUUGUCCCAUUUAAGACUUAGCUAACCCUUAUAUUUAACACCUUUUAUUUAUAAUUGGGCCAGCAGUUGAGAAGUGAUCCCUUUAAUGGUAACCAAAAAAAACAUUGCUCACCAUGUAUUCAUGAAGACCCAAGUUAAGCCCAUACUUAUAAUCUCAGCAAUAGGAAGGAGACAACAGGAUCUCUGGGGCUUGCUGCCCAGCCAAGUCUAGACUAGUCAGCUAACCUCAAAUCCCAGCAAGAGACCGUGGCUCAAGACAGGCUAUCGUGAAUGGCAGCUGAGGUUAACCCCUAUCUGCCACACUCAUGUAUACAUAGAAGCAAACAAGGUAGUAUUGGACACUUAGGAGACUAAGAAGGGGUUACAAGUCAGUCCAGCCUGGGCUAUGUAGUAAGGUCUUUUUUAUUGGAGACAAGAGUCUUGAUGUCCUAGAACUUGCUAUGUAGAUCACCAGGCCGCCCUCAGCCUGACAGAGAUCCGUCUUCAUGUGCUUCCUGAGUGCUGGGAUUAAAGGGAUCAAUCACCACAGCCCGUCUUAAAGAGCUGUGAGCUCAGCAUUUGGGAAGCUUAGGUAGGUGGAUCUUAAGUUCAAAGCCCAACCAGCUUAGACUACAUAGUAAGCUUAUGAUCAGCCUGAAAUAUAUAGGCCCAGGGAAGCACAAGAUAGCUGGGAAUACAGUUCAGUGCUAGAAAACCAUAACUUGUCUGCCAUGUGUAAGUCCCUGUAUGUGAUGGAACUUCAUUUAAAAAAAUAACAUUUUCUCUUCUGAACACUUGUGUAUCAUACUGAGGGUUAGACACAUUCCAAUGCUCUCUCCAGAUAAGACAAUCAAAAUGGGACUCUUGAUAGCUCCAUAGUCUGUGUUCCCAUAGAAGCCAUCUAUGUAGACAUAAGAACUAAUAAGUUAUUAAUGCUAUGAUUAAGUGAUGAGUGAUAUGGACCAUAACAAGUAAUUCAAGUUUGUGUUCCUGGAUAGUGCCACUUCCAGUACCAAAAAAAGGUAAAACUUCUGUUUAGGAAAUAACUUCUACUAAUUUUAUAAGGUGAGAGUUUUAAAAGAGGGGCUGUAGGGCUAGCAAGAAGGCUCAGUGGUACUUCCUGCAGAGCCUGACACCAGAGUUGGAUCCCUGGGACCCACAUGAUGAGAGAUCCAGCUUCUGCAUGUCCUGUGAUCUCCACAUGUGCACAAUAUUAUCUGUGUAAUCACAAAAAAUCAAAACUAUAGGGGCUGCAGACCAGAAGUGGGUCAGGGGUUACUAGUGCUCUCUGCUCUUCUAGCACUUACAAAGGUGGCACACAGCUGUCUGUAACUCUUACUUCCAGGUGAUCCAAUAUCCUCUUCUGACCUCUGGGAGCACCAGGCACAAUAAAACACUCAUGCACAGGCUGG